UGCCGCCCGCCCGUCUGUCCGUCCGUCCGUCCAUCCGUCCGAGCGAUGAGAGGGCUCUCCCUCCUGCUGUGCAUCGCCGCGACCUGUUGCGCCGCGGCGUGGGGCGCUCCGCCGGCCGCGGGGGCUGCGCGGCUGGGAGGAGAUGCCACCAUCGCCGAGCUGCUGGAGGACACGCGGGAGCGGGCGCCGGCACCGAAGCCACAGGUGAAGUUCAACCUCCGCUCCUCGCCCGACACCGAGGAGGACGGCUGCGCUCUCACCGUGGGCCGCCACGAGUGUCUGGAGGGCUGCGGGUUCAACGCGACGGCCAAAACCUUCUUCAUCAUCCACGGCUGGACGAUGAGUGGCAUGUUUGAAACCUGGCUGGGCAGCUUGGUAUCCGCUCUUCGGGAGAGGGAGAAGGAUGCCAACGUGGUCGUGGUGGAUUGGCUCUCGCUUGCCCACCAGCUCUACACGGACGCGGUGAACAACACCCGGAUUGUCGGAAAAAGCAUAGCAAGGCUGCUUGACUGGUUACAGGAGGACCCGCUCUUCCAGCUUGAGAACGUCCACCUGAUCGGGUACAGCCUGGGCGCCCACGUCGCCGGCUUUGCUGGUAACCACGUCCAUGGGACAAUAGGCAGAAUUACAGGUUUGGAUCCGGCUGGCCCAAUGUUUGAAGGAGUGGACCCUAGCAAGCGCCUCUCCCCCGAUGAUGCUAACUUUGUGGAUGUCCUUCACACCUACACAAGGGAAACACUAGGUGUUAGCAUUGGGAUCCAGAUGCCUGUAGGCCACGUUGACAUCUACCCCAAUGGGGGAGACUUCCAGCCUGGCUGCGGUUUAAGUGAUGUCUUGGGAGCAAUUGCCUAUGGGACAAUUGGUGAAGUCGUUAAAUGUGAACACGAGCGGUCUGUGCACCUCUUCGUGGACUCCCUUGUGAACCAAGAUAAACAAAGCUUCGCGUUUCAAUGUACCGAUUCCAGUCGUUUCAAGAAGGGCAUCUGCCUGAGCUGCCGGAAGAACCGCUGCAGUGGCAUUGGCUACAAUGCCAGGAAAAUACGGAACAAAAGAAACAGCAAGAUGUACUUAAAAACAAGAGCUGACAUGCCAUUCAAAGUCUACCAUUACCAGAUGAAAAUGCAUGUCUUCAGCUACACGGGCUUGGGAGAGGCUGAUCCCACUUUCUCUGUCACCCUUCAUGGCACCAAUGGAGACUCUGAACCUCUCUCUUUAGAAAUGCUUGAUCAAAUUGGCCUAAAUGCUACUAACACCUUCCUGGUCUAUACUGAAGAGGACAUGGGUGAACUUCUGAAAAUAAAGCUCACCUGGGAGGGAACAUCUCAAUCAUGGUAUGAUCUAUGGAAAGAGCUGAAGAGCUACUGGUAUCGGCCUGUGAAGGCUUCCCAGGAACUGCAUAUCAGACGUAUACGUGUGAAAUCUGGGGAAACCCAGCAGAGGUUUGCUUUCUGUGUGGAGGAUUCCCAGCUCACCCGUAUAACUCCUGGUAAAGAGCUCUGGUUUGUGAAGUGCACAGAGGAAUGGCAAAAAAGAUCUGUGUCAAAUUUGCUCUGAAGACUUCUCUAAAGACUCACAACUGAGCAACCUAGAUGCGUGAUGACCACACAGGUGGCAAGAUGCUCUGGUAAAAAUUUGGCUUGGUAGCACUUAACUAGCUCUUCAGGACAAAACAUUUUGGGUCAGAUGCAAGAAACUGAGGAGCAAUUGAUGGACCGUGGUCCUAGACCUAGAAUAACUAAAACUACCUUCUCCCUUCCCCAGGGAGUCUGGUUUGUGCAUUUAACCUUACUUUGACCUGUUACACGCUGCAUUUCCUGCCCUGCUCCUAUUAACCAGGACUACGGAUGAGAUGUUCACUGAUCUAGACCUCAGCAAUGAUCUUCUGGUCUGCCUGCCAGGGGAGCUGAGAAGAUAACCAUGCUAACUACCCAUCAGACUGCUGGUGACAGAGCUGCCAAGAGCAAAUUAGCAUCUAGCGUAGGAGUUACCGUGGGUCCAAAAGCACUAUGGGCUGUGGGGAGAGGAGACCAGCACAGGUCAAGUGUGUGGGGUUGUUCAGGGGAGGAAUGGGAAUAAGCACAAUGCCACUUAACUUCAAGUUGUCCUUUGCUUGCCUUAAAUAAUCUGUUCUGUGUCUGUCUGAUGCUGAAAUGUCUCUAUUACCUUACAAGAAGGUAGCACGCCGCCCUCCCUGUACGUGGGGCAGAACAUGGUGCAGAGAGAGGUGGUGUUGGCAGCUGCUGCUUGCUCCCCAGUCAGUGUCUGCAGCGAGGCCGCCCGGUCCCAUGUAUUGAUCUCUUCAUAAGAGGGAAAUGGCAGCUGCCCUUCUACUGACUGGGGGGAGGAGAAAGGGGAUCAACUAUACUGCUUCAGGAGAGCUUUGCACCAGUCCUUUUAACUACUGAGAAUGUGUUCACCUCUGCUCAGAUGCUGUUGUAGUACCCGUGCAUGAUUAAGACCUUAUUUUUGUGCAAAGUAUUUAACUGAGCCAACCAGACGACAUCCUACCCUCAUUGCCACAACAUCCCAGUUGGAUUCCCUGGUGCCGAGUGAACUUGGCUUGGCUCUGAGUUUGACAGACUCUACCACUGUCCUGUUUGCUACAGCAGAGUGGACCUUGUCAGAGGUGAACUAGAUUUAUUAUUUUUUUUUUUAUUUUUGGAAGGAGACUUGGUGUAACAACUCUUGAACCUUUGACAUGCAAAAAGGCAAUCUCAAAAAAUGGUGUUGCCAGAUGGUUGCACUGAGUUCUGAAGACUUAGCAAGUCUUUCUGAGGCCUGCAAUUCUCUGAGUUUUUGUAGAGCUUCAAUCCAACCAAAGCAAGCACAUUUGGAGAUAUUUUUUUUUCCCAUGGUUUUAUGCAAAGGCUUCAAUAACUGAAGCCUUUGGUAAGUAUCUGUGACUUGUCACCAUGCCAUACUUAGAGUGGUUUCAAAGCCCUAUUUGUAUAUUGUGGUUUUUGUAUGACUUAAAGCAUAAUUUAUUUCUCAUAUUGUACAUAUGUAAAGUUUUAAACAGUUUGGUUUUGAGUAACAGUUUUUAUAAGCCUCAAGACAAAAAAUAAAGGGCUUUGUAAAAAUCAGUGAAGUCCUAUUGUAUUGAGUCUGGCUGAGAUGGAGUUAAUUUGUCCCUAUAGCAGUGCUGUGCUUUGCAGUGGUAGCUAGAAAGGCAUUGAGAACACGCCAUGGAGCAUCAAGGCUGUCUCCCCGACACCACCCAUAGGCUGGGCGUGGGCAAGAUCUUGGGAGGGGACCAAGCCAGGAUAGCUGACCAAAGGGAUAUUCCAUACCAUAUGAACUCUGCUCAACAAGAAGAGCUGAGGAAAAGGAAGGGGAGGGGGGCAAUUUGUUUUUGUUGUCUGAAGCAACUGCUGUGCAUACUGAAGGCCUGCUUCCUGGGAAGUGGCUGGACGUCACCUGCUGCUGGGAAGUAGACAAU